CACUUUCACCCACGAUGCAUGGGGAUGCAUCCCAUCAAGUACGUGCAUAUCAUCGCUGCAAUGUCAACAUUCGUCCUGGUUGCACAACGCACAUAUACAUUCAACGUGCCACUCAAUCACCGGCAACAUCUUUUGUGUCAUGUACCCAUGAAGCCUGCCACCACUGUGGACCUUGUCCACAGAAUGUGGCUCGUUAUUCUUUCUCUCACUCUACCCUCACCUCUUCCCGAUCAUGAUUGAUAUUUGCAACACAGACGCCGUUACUUUGGCUAGAGAUAAUGCUGCCAAGAAUUUCUCGUGGUACAUUUCGCCAGGAAGGCCCAUGAUCCCCGUUAGGUCCAAAUCAAGCUUUGCUCCUCGGGCAUGGACGCCACCGAGGCCGGCAGACACAUCAGCUGAGGAGCAAUCACCAAAAUAUUUAGCCAACUGGCAUCUUCUGGGUAUUAGACUGACGAGACCAACAUUGAAUCAAUGCCUACAGUCUUAUUUCCGUAGGAUGCAACACGUUAUGACCCGAAUAUGCCAUCCUUUGUCCAUCCACAAUGAAGCCUGCUCGAUCAUGCAUUCGUUGAUGAACGCCACAUUCAUUCACCCAAAUUUAUUGGCUGAGGGACUAUUCAUCGCCGGAACUGCUCGACUCCAGUACACCCGGACCGUGGCACUGCUCAUACACGAUGUUCUCAUAGAACUCAAUAUGACCGACUGGCAUGUCAUGCACGCUGUGGGAGUGCACCUCGAAACAUUUGCGACGUGGACUCUACUCGACGUUUUUCGUAAUGUAUGUCGAUCUCUCGUGGCUAAAUUUUGAUAUGCCAAACCACUCCAUAGUUUUCGGACGAUUCCAAGUGUAUGUUUAAUGCGACUGGUUUGAAGGAAACUAACGGCACACUCGAUGCUAUUCAAGACCAACAGUUCAAUGUGGCAGCUUUAUAUGGCGAUCUUGUUUCGU